AUGGGUAUUCUUGGUUCAAAAUCUACAUGGUGUCAUAAUAAGAGUGGCAGUGCCCGAAUCUUGGAGAGGCUGGAUAGGUGUAUGCUGAACUUGAAAGCCUUGGAGCUGAUUAGUCAAGCGGCAGUGAGUCUCGGUGGCAAGCAUUCUUGGGCUAAAUCAGUGAGAGGAGAUGAUAUGGAAGCAUUAAAUAAGAGACUGUCAAGGGUUCUUAAAGCCUUAUUUUUUUUUAGCAAGGUAAAGCAUCAAAAGCUGGAGGAAUUGAAGGAAAAAUCGAAGGAUGAGAUCAAGAAACUUUGGCUGGAAGAAGCUCUGGACCAGCAGUUUUUGAACAGCAAUGCUCUGUUAUUUAGAUCCAAAGUCGAUGAGUUUAACUGCACUCUAUCACGGUUGAAUACAUGGUGGAGACAAAGGGAUAAAGCCAAAUGGAUGAAGGAAGUGGAUUCGAAUUCUAGUUUCUUUCAUGCCUUUGUGAAUGGUAAUUUGAUUAAGGAAUUGAAGAAUGAUGAUGGGGAGCUGAUAAAGGAUCCUGAAAUUAUUAGGAGAAAUUUUUCUGAGUUUUUCUACAGCAAAUGGAAGCUUAGGGACUGUCAAUUGGAAAAUUGGCCCUUAAAUGAGAACCUCCUUAAACAUGAAAGAGCUGAAAUCCUUGAUGCUAUUUUUUCUAUUGAAGAAGUUGAAGAGGUGAUUAGAGAACUUAGCAACAACAUUUCACCAGAGGUGGAUGGAAUAACCUACUCUUCUAUCAAAGCAUACUGA